GGAAGGAGCUCGUGCAUCACAUCAGUCCUGUCCUUUACUCAUUCGUCCUUCUCCAAGGCAGGCACGGAGAGCUGCGUUCAUGCCAAAAUGGGAUGUGGAAAUUCCUCCGCCACCAGCACGACAGCAGGAGGUCCAGCAGAAGCUGCCAAGGAUGUGACAGAAGAACCAUCACCAGAUGAUGAGAAGCGAAGGAACUAUGGAGGAGUGUAUGUGGGUCUUCCUGCUGAUCUGACCACAGUAGCUGCCAGCCAAUCAAAGUCCACACGUAAAGGUGAGGAGCGCAUUCACAGAACAACACAGGUUUGAAACAGUUAAAAGCAAAAAAACAGUAACAACAGUAUAUUUUGCUCUUUUUUUAUAGAUCAAAUAACAGCCACAAGUUUCUUAUAAAAAAAAAAGCAAAGUUGCUUGUUUUCCAGCUGUUUUAUAUUCACAGAAAUCAAUAGAUUGAAAUUACCCACAAUUCAUUUUGUGAUUCCAGAAGUUUAUUCGUUCUUCAAUUAA